GCCUGCAGUAAGCUGUUGUAUUGCCAGGAAAGUGCAGAGCAUUAACCUCAGGACAAAUACAGUUAGAUAAUAUAUUAAAACUCCUGGAUAAAAGAACAGAUACAAUGUUUUACUACAAAUGAAUCUCUCAUACAAUGUGAGAAGCCAUUUCAAUAAUCUGGACCAAGUGUGGGAUGGCUGAGAGUGUACACACAAUGGAGGACUCUGAUGAGGAGAAUUUCUACGAUGCAUCUGAUUCCUUCCUUGAUCUUUACUGUGAAGGAGGAGAGUACACUUCACCAACGCCACAGUCUGAAUAUGUUCCUCCACCAGGAGAAGUAACAGUUCUCAAUGCUGGCCAGGAGACUGUUUCUCUUGGCUUACAACUCACUAAUUACUCUGUUGGGUACAGACUGCAAAUAGAUUACUCCUGUGACACACAGAGAGGCAGUUUGAUCUCACAGGACUCCAGCACUGUGAAGGUUGAGGGACUGCAUCCUGGGACUGAGUAUACUUUCAGCAUCAUAAGGAUUGCAGACAAUGGAAAUCAAAGCAAAGCAACUUCGCUUUGUGUCUUCACAGAGCCCUGUCCUCCUGUGCAGAUAACAGUCGAUCACGUCAGCAGUGAGUCACUGUCUCUGAGAUGGGACACUCCUCCUGGCGAAGUGGGAAGUUACAUUGUGACUUGUAGCAGUGAGGGAGAAAUUGUGCAAGAGAUGACAACGGACAUAAACAACCUGACUCUCAGCAAGCUGAAGCCAGGAGCGUGUUACUCUCUCCAAGUUUCUGCAAAGCUUAGAAGUGGAAGAAUAAGCAAGCCAGCCGUAACAUCUGCCCACACAAAGACAGACCUAGAGAGCUUAAUGGAGGAUCUGGGGUUGGAGCACCACUACACCCUGUGCACAAUUCUUCAGAUUGACCAGAAGACCAUUUCUGAUGAACCUGCCAAGUGUAAUUCAGAUCUUCAAUGGUAUUUUCUAAAGAAAUUGAUGAUGGUAAAUGCGACUGCUAGAAAUGUGAAAUGUACAUCAGAAUGUGAAUCAAACUGUGAAGAUCUGUCAGGAAAUACGGAGUUAAAUCUUCAUAAUCUGGUGAACAGUACAGAUUCAGGUGACAUGCUAAACCCCCUUGACAUAAUCACUGCUCUCUUUCUGUGUUCUGAUGGUUUUGUACAACAGGAAAUGGCACUCAAAAUGUCUAUGUGUCAGUUUUCUGUGCCUCUGCUGCUUCCUAAUUGUGACACAAAGCAGUGCACACUCAUGCUUUGGGCCAUGAGAGACAUUGUGAAAAAGUACAGACCUCAGAAACUGUUAGAAUCCAAGGGUUUUAUUGAAGACAGGAUUGUUGUCUCUGAACUUCCAAUGAUAUCAUUUGUGAGACUGGGGGAGUGCUCAUUGUCCAAGUCUGAGACCCUCAAUAAGCUUCUCAGCAAUUCUCAGCAGUACCAUGACACAUUUAUUCACCGUAACAUGGAGUGUGGUGACAGUUCAAGGAGAAUAUCCAAUGGAUUGGCUGAAGUUACUUGGUACCUUCCUUGUGGGAACAAAAACUUGGAUAUUUUCAGUGAGCCUGUAGCUGUAGCUAACCUUCGUGGGGACAUUGCUUCCUUUGAAACACAAUUUUCUUUUUUGUGUCAGACAUCUGCAGCAGUGUUUGUGUUCUUUGACAAUUUGGACUCUGAGUGCGAGCUGCUUAUCAACCAACACCACAAGGCACAGAUCUUCUUAGUGGGCAACCAUCAAAGCCAGAGCUUCAGUUUAGAUGCUCUUACUAGGUUAGCGAGAAAGUUGGGUUUGACUAACAGCAACAUCCUUUUGAAGGCUAAGCACAUGAAUAAUGCAGACUUCAUCAAACAUCUGCGGAAAACAGUCAGCAAUGUAGUUGAGAACACAAAGAUGAAGAUGGGGAUUGAGCAGAUGGCUGACAUUGCCCAUGAAUUAGGUAUCUUGGUGGAUGAGGACUGUGCAGAGUGCCAGACUGCCAAGAAAAAUGCAGAUGCCAUCACUGCAGAAAUUCAAGACACCCUUAAAUACAAAGAAGCUCAGCUUCCCUUGCAGGGCCAAAUAUGGAAGGAACUGACUCUCGUAGAGAAGGAAGAAUUUCGCCUUCGAAAAGUUGGGUCUGAAAACAUAGAAAAGUACAAAAGUGAUCUUCAGAUACAGAAAAUAAAACUUCGGGAAAAACAGAACUCUUAUGACAUGUCAAACGCUAUGACAUGUUUCAUCAACGCAAUAUCAAGCCCAGGGAUAGAGAGGAGCUAUUUCCUGAAAUGGAUGCGAAUGAACCUCGAUAACCUGUCUCGAGAAAAACUGUCUGGCCUCAGGGAGCAGUACAAAAAGAAAUGUGAAAAUUCUGAAAACAAAGAGGAGAUCAAAGAAAUUGACAGACAACUUUCCAACAGCUCACUGGGGACUGAACACUUCUUCCGUGAAAUGGGUCAGAUCUAUGAAGCUUCAGUUUCCCUUCCAGAAACAGACCCAUCACGUCAACAAUUACAGCAUCUGCCCAGACUAUGCGCAGAAUUGUUGCUUGAUGGAUUUCCCCUUGAGCUUGUAGAUGGAGAUGCAUCCAACAUACCUCUCAGAUGGGUGAGUGACGUUCUCUCUCAGCUCAAUGACUUGGUGUCUCCUAAGAGCAAGAUACUGGUAGUCACAGUUCUUGGAGUUCAGAGCACAGGAAAGUCCACUCUCCUCAACACCAUGUUUGGAGUGCAGUUUGCAGUCAGCAGUGGUCGAUGCACUCGAGGUGCGUUUAUGUUGCUGAUCAGAAUCAAUGAAGAUGUCAAAAAAGAACUCAACUGUGACUUCAUGGUGAUCAUUGACACUGAGGGCUUAAAGUCACCAGAGCUUGCUCAACUGGACAAUAGCCAUGAGCACGACAACGAGCUUGCAACACUUGUUGUGGGGCUGAGUGAUAUCACCAUCAUCAAUAUUGCAAUGGAGAAUUCAACAGAAAUGAAGGACAUCCUACAAAUAGUUGUGCAUGCUUUUCUCAGGAUGAAAGAGGUGGGCAAAAAGCCCAAAUGUAUGUUUGUUCACCAGAAUGUGUCAGAUGUUUCAGCCCAUGACAAGAACUUACGAGACAGGAAACUGCUCUUGCAGCAGCUAAACGAGAUGACCCAGGCAGCAGCCAAGAUGGAAAAGAAAGAGGAGAACAAGAGCUUCACUGAUGUGAUGGAGUACAGUCCCGACACUGGGAACUGGUACAUUCCUGGACUCUGGAAUGGAAACCCACCAAUGGCACCAGUCAAUGCAGGGUACAGUGAGGCCGUUUAUGAGCUCAAGAAGAACAUCAUCCAAAUUUUGGGAAGGUGUGAGUCAUCUGCUAAUAAUAUCAUGGAGUUUACCGAGUGGAUGAAAAGCCUGUGGAAUGCAGUAAAGCAUGAAAACUUCAUCUUCAGCUUCAGAAACAGCCUAGUGGCUGAUGCAUACAUGAGGCUGUGCACAGAGUUCAACAAAUGGGAAUGGGAAUUCAAAAAAGAAAUGUAUUCAUGGGUUACAAAUGCUGAAACAAGAAUUUCAAAUUUCGGCACAGUUGCUGUGAAAUCUGAGUUAUCUGACAUGAAAGAACUUCUCACUCUUUUGAAAAGUGAAGCUUGCACAGAGCUGACUAAAUGGGAGUCAAAAAUUCUUGGAAAUUUAAAACAGUACUUUGAGCAAACAGAGGGUCAUGUGUAUCUAGUUGAAGGAUACAAAGAGGAAUUUGCAAGCAGUGCAAAGAGCCUUCGUCGAGAAAUGGAGAGCUCUGUAUAUAAUCAACUCACAGCAGCAGCUGACAUCAGACAGGGAAUGACAGAACUUGACAGAAUCAAGGAGAACCACACAAAAGAAUUAGAGGGGAGAGUGCGUCAGCUGAUUGAGGAAUGUCGGGGAAGAAAAGUCCAGAUGACAGACAAAGAGCUAGACCAAGAAUUUGAUAAGAUGUGGGAUAAAAUAGUAGAGGAACUAUCUUUUUCUAAACAAAAGGCCAAAAAUGUCUUCACAAAUGUCUCCUUGUACCUCAGAGAAAAUCUAUCAUGUAAGGGGAGUCAUGCAUGUGAAUUAUUAAGUCAAAAAAGGCUGAAAGAUUGUGGACUGAUUCCUUUCAAAUAUACAGUGGAAGGAAAUUGGAACCAGUUAAAACACAAAGCCUGCCAGUUGUUCAACAUUAAAGAUCAUGUGAUGGCUUCACAGAACAUGGCUGACAGCAUCAUAGAUGCUUGCACACAGUUUGUGACUGAAAAAAUGGAAAGGAAAAACAAUUACCAUGACACUUACAUCCAGGAGAUCCUACACAUGAUUGAUGAGCGGCUGCAGAACAGUCAGAGUGUUAAGACCACUGAGUUUGAAGUUUCUCUAAAACAGCACAUCUGUGGAGUUGCAGCCAGACAGUUUCAGAAAAUGCAUGAAGAUUUCAUACGUGCUAAUGAUCCUUACAGAUGUCUGAAUCGAAACAAAGAAAAGUUUUGUGUUGAUUUCAAAGACGUGUUCCAUGAACGAGACCAGUGCCAGAAGAAGGCAGAAGAAUUCACAAGCCGCUGCUUGAGGCCUGCAGUCGAAGACUUUGUCAACCGUUCAUUGGGUCCUGAUAUUAUUGGUGAAAUGCUGACACAGUUUCCAUUCAGCACACGAAUGUUCUUCCAGUAUUCAGUUUUACUGGAUUUGCUCUCAAAGGAUGACUUUGAAAACUAUAAGAGCUACAUUUGCUCAUAUGAGGAUCAUGUAAAGAAAUGGACACACAAACAAAUAAAAGAACACUUUUCAAAGGGUGAUAAAGUUUUUGAGUUUGAGGAUCGGCAUGUUCUGUCAAGUAUCAGCAGCAUAAAUGAUGCUAUCAACAAAGCUAAAACAGAAAAGAGUGGUAACAUGAAGACAUUUGUUGAAGAUGUCUGUCAAGAACUUGGUGAUAAACUGGUCAUUUCCCAGGAUGCUCUUGGUGCUUUCAUGAUCCUGAACAAUGCCGACCAGGAACAGUUUGCUCACUGGCUCACUGAGUGUGUGAAGGACAUGGCACAGGCUCUUACAGAGAAGUUUAAAACAGAAACCAUCCAAAUGAAACUGAAAAAUCUUCAUGUGAAGCCCCAGAACGAGCUUUUCACCCAGGUGAUUGGAUGUGGGAAACAGUGUCCAUUCUGCAAAGCUCCUUGUGACGCAGGAGCAAGUAAACAUGGAGCGCACUUUGCUAAACUACAUCGGCCAGAGGGUCUGGGUAGAUUCAGGUGGGAUGGGACAGAAAAACUUGUCAUUGACAUAUGCUCGUCCUUGGUGAACAGUGAUAUGCGUUUUUGCUGUGAUGCUACAAAAGGUGAAUGGCACCCUUACAGGAACUACAGAGAAAUUUUCCCAGACUGGAUAAUCCAGUCAGAUGUAAGUUUAGAGGCGUCAGACUACUGGAAAUAUGUACUGGCAAAGUUCAACAAGGAGUUUGCUGAAGCAUAUAAUGCAGAGCCUGCUGAUAUUCCUGAAACUUGGAAAACAAUCACACAUAAGCAAGCAGAAGCGAGCCUCAAAGAGUCGUUUAACAUGAAGUGAGAGAACACAUGCUUUGUGGUUACAGAGGUGCACAUGUUCCUCCAUACAUUCAGAAGAAAAUCACAAGUUGUAACAUGGUUAAAGAUAGUAUCAGUAGACACAUGUUUUAUGUGUUUAUGUGUUUCAUGUUUAUUAAAAAUAAUCUGCUUUACCUGUAAGUGUUUACUACAUUUUAAAAUACUUUCUUUAUUGUACAUGUUAGGAGCACGUUAGAAACAUACCAAAUGUUUCCAAUUUGAUUAAAUCUGACUUUGAAUUCAUCAAUUUUGUGUGACAGAUGAAGUCAUCAUAUUGCCACUUCGAAAAUGUACAGUUAAUCAAAGUAGUAGUAGUAAAGCGAUUUUUUCUUUUAUCAUAUAUGAUCUGAUAUGAAAUCUUUUAUUGAUGGUUUUUGUGAAGUAUCUGAUGUCACGUAUUUACAUUUUAUUUUAAUAGGAUAGGCGAUUGUUUGCUUGGAAUUCACAAUCUGUUUUUGUUUCUGUGAAGUACCUGAUGCAAAAUAUUGUAUGAAAUGUGUAGCAGACCUAAAAAUUUUUAAUUAUGCAUUUUAAUAAAUUUAUGAGAAUUGAUACCCAA